AUGCGCGGGAUUAGGUCGCUCCCCUCCUGGGCUCCAGGGUUGACCACGAAGCGAGCCGCCCUAUCUCAACGAGGAGCCUUUCAAGAUGUAUGCUCAGACUUUUGUUUGACUUUUCCUGGGACCGGCCAUCUCAGUGGGCUCAAGCGACAGUUUUCGGGUAUCGCCGGGUCAUUAAGCAACGGCUACAGGCUUCGCCAACGUCGACCUUUCGAAACAAUACGCUCGUUAUAUGCCAAUAAUUAUGGCAUGCACUCUGCUACACAUCAACCAAAACAUGCAAAUGUAUCACGUUUCUUCACCACCCAACGAGCAUUGAAUGCAAAAUCGACAACCGAGACGAAAAACGAGCCACAAGCGAAUAAAUACCCGGUCCAAGAACAGGAGUACGAGGACAUUGAAAAAGGAUUUGAGCUCUCGGAAAGAGCUGCGCAAGCAGCGCAGGUAAAUCUCCGGGCUAAGCUGGCCAAGGAUGGUGCUGCUGGGAAGAAAGCUGGGUUUGGGGAGAUAUGGAGGCUACUCCUGAUUGCCAGACCGGAGGCGAAGAAGCUUGCUUUCGCCUUCUUGUUCUUACUGGUCUCGUCUGGUAUCACAAUGUCUGUUCCGUUUUCCAUCGGAAAGAUUAUAGAUACGGCCACGAAAUCCAAUGAGGAUGGGGGGAAUGAGCUCUUCGGCCUUAGCCUCCCUAUGUUCUAUGGUGCAUUGGCUGGAAUCCUCACUCUGGGCGCUGCAGCGAACUACGGUCGCAUUAUCAUUCUGCGCAUAGUCGGUGAGCGAAUUGUUGCCAGACUUCGCUCGAAGUUGUUCCGUCAGACCUUCGUUCAAGAUGCGGAAUUCUUUGAUGCGAAUCGUGUCGGUGACCUGAUCUCUCGUCUCAGCUCUGACACCAUCAUUGUCGGUAAAAGUAUCACGCAAAAUUUGUCUGAUGGCUUGCGUGCGGCAGUCAGCGGUGCAGCUGGUUUUGGUCUGAUGGCAUAUGUCAGUCUCAAGCUCUCGAGUAUCCUGGCUCUUCUGCUCCCUCCCAUCGGACUCGGUGCUUUCUUUUAUGGACGGGCGAUUAGAAAUCUGAGUCGUAAAGUUCAACGAAACUUAGGAACCUUGACGAAGAUCGCCGAGGAACGUCUGGGCAAUGUGAAGACGAGUCAGUCUUUCGCCGGGGAGGUACUAGAGGUUCACCGGUACAACAACCAAGUGCGAAAGAUUUUCGAACUUGGCAAAAAGGAAUCCCUGAUCAGCGCCACGUUUUUCAGCUCUACUGGGCUUGCUGGUAAUAUGACUAUACUGGCACUACUCUAUGUUGGAGGAGGCAUGGUUCAAUCCGGUGCCAUCAGCAUUGGUGAAUUAACCUCCUUUUUAAUGUACACAGCAUAUGCGGGUUCCAGCAUGUUCGGUCUCUCAAGCUUCUAUUCAGAAUUGAUGAAAGGUGUAGGAGCCGCUAGUCGGCUUUUCGAGCUUCAGGACCGUCAACCAACCAUAUCCCCAACUAAGGGUGAAAAGGUUGUGUCUGCCCGUGGCCCUAUCCGCUUCGAGAACGUGUCUUUCAGCUACCCUACUCGGCCAGCAGUCCCCAUCUUCAAGGAUCUGAACUUCGAGAUUCCACAAGGAACCAAUGUUGCUAUUGUUGGCCCAUCUGGUGGAGGAAAAUCGACUAUUGCGUCCAUCCUGCUCCGAUUUUAUAACCCUACGGAAGGCAGAGUUCUCAUCAACGGCAAAGACAUUAGUGGGAUGAACGCCAAAUCGCUUCGACGAAAAAUUGGUGUCGUUGCACAGGAACCAGUCUUGUUUUCGGGAACCAUCGCUGAGAACAUCUCUUACGCCAAACCUCAGGCUACGCGAUCUGAAAUCAUCGCGGCAGCGCGCAAGGCCAACUGUCAAUUCAUCAGCGAUUUUCCGGACGGCCUCGAUACUCAGGUGGGACCUCGAGGAGCUCAGCUCUCUGGUGGACAGAAGCAGCGUAUUGCAAUUGCGCGUGCUCUAGUCAAGGACCCCGAUAUCCUCAUUCUCGACGAAGCAACAUCUGCACUCGAUGCAGAAUCCGAGACACUCGUGAACAGCGCGCUUGCUGUACUUCUCCGCGGCAACAAUACUACCAUCAGCAUCGCGCAUCGACUCUCAACAAUCAAGAGAUCCGAUACCAUUAUUGUUCUGGGUUCUGAUGGAAAGGUAGCUGAACAGGGAUCCUAUGAGGAACUAAGUGCCCGCCCCGAUGGGGCGUUCACCAAGUUGAUGGAGUGGCAGAUGAGCGGCGGGGAGGGCCCUGAUCAGCCGGUCAAUCCUUUGACAGACUCUGUAGCACCGGAGGAGACAUGGGAUGCGCAGAAAGAAGACGCCGGAGCUGACGUGUUAGAGGAAAGCAAUAUCUCCUCUGACUCUGAGACACGGGAAAAAUGA